CAGAAUUUAUUACAAUUAAAUCCAAGAACAAAAUCAUUUGCAAAUCUUGUUCCAUCCACAACAACUAAAGCAGUUAAACAAAAUUGGAAAAGAAAUAUCCACGAUAAAUGUGACAAUUGUCUACCAUUAAAAAAUAACUUCGAUGAUAUCAAACAUACGACAUUGAGUGAAAGAGGUUCUUUGAAGGAAGCGGCUCGUUGUUUGAAAUGUGCUGAUGCACCUUGUCAAAAGUCCUGUCCAACGCAAUUGGAUAUUAAAUCUUUUAUUACUUCAAUAUCGAACAAAAAUUAUUAUGGGGCAGCUAAAGCUAUUUUUUCGGAUAAUCCUUUGGGUCUUACGUGUGGAAUGGUUUGCCCAACAAGUGAUCUUUGUGUUGGUGGAUGUAAUCUUUAUGCCACUGAGGAAGGACCUAUCAACAUUGGUGGUUUACAACAAUUUGCUACCGAUAUUUUCAAGCAAAUGAAUGUUCCUCAAACACGAAUACCUAAUCAAUCCGUCCCACAUGCUGACACAAAAAUCGCAUUGAUCGGUUGCGGUCCAGCGUCUUUAUCUUGUGCCACGUUUCUUGCACGAUUAGGCUACAAUGACGUAACUAUUUUUGAAAAAUACAAUUACAUUGGUGGUCUCAGUUCUUCCGAAAUUCCACAGUAUCGACUUCCCUAUGACGUAGUAGAUUUUGAAAUAAAUCUGGUUAAAGAUCUCGGGGUCAAAAUCGAAAUGAAUAGAUCGUUAACAGAAAAAGAUUUAACGAUCCGGGGACUUUUAAAAGCAAAUUACAGAGCCAUUUUUCUGGGAAUUGGCCUUCCCGAGCCAAAAACGUUAACAAUAUUUUCCGGUUUAACAUCAAACGAAGGAUAUUACACGUCAAAAAGUUUCCUUCCCCUUGUAGCUAAAGGUAGUAAACCUGGAAUGUGUUCUUGUAAGAGUAACGAAAAAUUACCACGAUUACGAGGGAAUGUAAUAGUUUUGGGUGCUGGUGACACAGCAUUUGAUUGUGCAACCUCUGCUUUAAGAUGUGGUGCUAAGAAGGUCUACGUUAUUUUUAGAAAAGGUUUUACUAAUAUUCGUGCUGUUCCUGAAGAGAUUGAUCUAGCUCGAGAAGAAAAAUGUGAAUUUAUACCUUUCCAAUCACCGAAACGAGUGAUCGUUCGUAAUGGAAGAAUUGUUGCUGUUGAAUUUUAUCGAACUGAACAAAAUGAUGAUGGCGACUGGAUUGAGGACGAUGAACAGAUAUUCCGAUUAAAAACUGAUUUUGUUAUAUCGGCUUUUGGAUCGGGAUUACAUGAUUUGGAUGUAAAACAAGCUAUGGUACCAGUUAAAUUAAAUACAUGGGGCUUACCAAUAGUAGAUACCAAAACCAUGAGCACAUCCGUUCCUGGAGUAUUUUGUGGUGGUGACUUGGCUGGUAUUGCACAAACUACUGUGGAAUCUGUUAAUGAUGGAAAAACGGCUGCUUGGUACAUUCAUAAAUAUUUACAGGAAUCCUUUGGUUUAAUGGUUCCGGACACACCACAAUUACCAAAAUUCCAUACACCGAUUGAUGAAGUUGAUAUAAGCGUAGAAAUGUGCGGUUUAAAAUUUGAGAAUCCAUUUGGCCUUGCAUCUGCACCACCAUGUACAACUAGUGCAAUGAUUCGUCGUGCAUUUGAAGCUGGCUGGGGCUUUGCUGUUACUAAAACAUUUUCUUUAGAUAAGGAUUUGGUUACCAACGUAUCACCACGUAUCGUUAAAGGAACAACAUCAAGGCAUCAUUUUGGACCUGAACAAAGUAGCUUUUUAAAUAUUGAAUUAAUAUCUGAGAAGACUGAAGCAUAUUGGUGUCGUAGUAUUACUGAGCUAAAGAAGGAUUUCUCUACAAAGAUCGUGAUCGCUAGUAUUAUGUGCACUUAUAACAGUGCAGAUUGGACAGAGCUUUCAAAGAAAGCAGAAGCAGCUGGUGCUGAUGCUUUGGAAUUAAAUUUAUCUUGCCCACACGGCAUGGGAGAAUCUGGAAUGGGCUUAGCAUGUGGACAGGAUCCAGAAUUAGUAAGAAAUAUUUCAAGAUGGGUCAGAGAAGCAGUGAAAAUUCCAUUUUUUGUUAAAUUGACCCCAAACAUAACCGAUAUUGUUUCAAUUGCUAAAGCAGCUUACGAAGGAAAUGCAAAUGGAGUGUCUGCUAUUAAUACAGUGCAAGGUUUAAUGGGAUUAAAUUCUAAUGGGAUACCAUGGCCUGCUGUAGGAUAUCAUAAAUUGACUACAUACGGUGGAAUGUCUGGAAAUGCAACAAGACCACAAGCUUUAAGAGCUGUUUCAUCUAUUGCUAAACAACUUCCUAGAUUUGCCAUACUUGGUAUUGGUGGAAUCGAUUCCGCAGAAAUUGCUUUGCAAUUUUUACAUUGCGGAGCAUCGAUCCUUCAAAUUUGCAGUGCUAUUCAGAAUCAAGAUUUUACACUUAUCGACGAUUAUGUGACUGGUUUAAAAACAUUAUUAUAUCUGAAGAGUCUUGAACAAACAAAAGAUUGGGAUGGUCAAAGUCCGCCUACUUUUAAACAUCAAAAAGGCAAACCAGUUUCUUUGCAACAUGCUCUUGGUAAAAAUAUACCAUACUUUGGAGAAUAUCAAAAAUUACGAGAAAAAAAGAUUGCAGAGAUAAAAGAAAAAAUUAAUCCAUUAGAUGUUAAGUUUUCAUCAACAAGACCAACACCAAAACCAAUUGGGACAGUACCAACUAUAAAUGAUGUUAUUGGAAAAUCAUUAUCUCAUAUUGGAGCUUACAAAGAAUUAAAUAAUCAACAGCAAGUUGUUGCGUUAAUAGAUGACGAUAUGUGCAUAAAUUGUGGAAAAUGUUAUAUGGCUUGUGCUGAUUCUGGUUAUCAGUCAAUUACAUUUGAUUCGGAAACUCAUAUACCAAAAGUUACUGAUGAUUGUACUGGUUGUACUCUUUGUUUAUCAGUAUGCCCUAUUAUUGAUUGCAUUACAAUGGUUCCAAAAACAAAGUCACAUAUCAUUAAAAGAGGUAUACUACCAAAAGGUUACAUCGAAGCAUUGGGUUAAAAUUUUCUAAACAUUUCUAAACAAAUAUCAGUAGAUAUUACUUAUUAUUAACACAUACAAAUUAUUAUAGUAAAAUAAAUAAGUAUUCCAUAAAAUAGAAUACUUAGAUGUUUACAAGCAAGAAGAGUCUAUUGCAAAAAUUGAAUGUCAUAUUAUUUACAACUUUCAAAUAAAAUAUUGUGUUAAACAAUUAAUAUAAUUUAAAUUUAAAAAAAUGGAUUGUCAAACCAUUGAUAUUUCUUAUCUGCAUCUAAAUCUUGCUUAUAAUCGACACAUUUCUUGUUGAUAAGGCUGAAAUGAAAAAAAAAGAAAACAAAAACGAAUA